AUGAACGGGGCGAUCACGUGGAGCAUGCCGCAGCACCCAGUGUACCUCUGGACGCUGCCCAUGUUCCACUGCUGCGGCUGGUGCUUCCCGUGGACGGUGGCGGCCCUCGCCGGCACCCACGUCUGCCUGCGGAAGGUCGAGGCCGCGAAGAUCUUCCAGCUUAUUCAGGAGCACCAGGUGACGCACCUGUGCGGCGCGCCGAUCGUCAUGACCGCUCUGCUCGCGCACGGCGGCCCGAGGACGUGGAAUCACAGCGUGAAGAUGAUGACCGCGGCCAGUGCUCCGCCGGCUGCGGUCAUCGCUGGAAUGGCCAAGCUGGACAUCGAGGUGACGCACGUCUACGGCCUCACCGAAGUGUAUGGACCCGCUUCGGUGUGCCAGUGGAAGGCGGACUGGAACGAUUUGCCGCAGGAGGAGCAGGCCGUCAUCAAGGCGCGGCAGGGCGUGCGGUACCUUGCGCAGGAGGGCCUGAUGGUGGCUGAUGCAGAGACCCUGGUCCCAGUGCCCAGGGACGGGGAGACCCUUGGCGAGGUUUUCUUCCGGGGCAACCUCACAAUGAAAGGCUACCUGAAGAACCCCUCCGCUACGGACAAGGCGUUCCGGGGCGGCUGGUUCGCCACUGGCGAUCUUGCGGUGUGGGAUCCGGACGGCUAUAUCAAGCUGAAGGACAGGUCCAAGGACAUCAUCAUCUCCGGCGGGGAGAACAUCUCCUCCCUGGAGGUGGAGAGCAUCCUGUACAAGCACCCAAAGGUCGCCGAGGUCGCCGUGGUGGCGCGGGACGACGCGACCUGGGGCGAGACCCCGUGCGCGUUCCUCGAGAUCAAGUCUGGAGAAAGCGUGACGGACGAGGAGAUGUUCAAGUGGUGCAGGGAAAACAUGGUGCACUACAUGGUGCCGCGCACCUUCGUGAUGGAGCCGCUGCCGAGGACUAGCACCGGGAAGGUGCAGAAGCACGUGCUCCGCAGCCGCACCAAGGAGCUUACGAAGGCGCCUAUCUCUGUCAGCUCGAAGCUCCAGAACGUUGGGAACACGGCGUCGUCCAAGUUGUGA